UCCAACGUCACAGUCUGCUGGCUUUUUCAGCAGCGUCUUCGCCUCGGCGUCCGGGCACUCGAGACACCCUACCCCUAACCCCUAAGACUCAGGAUACUGCCUCUAUGCUGUCCUUCUCCUCCCCGACAUCCGUCUACUCGGUUUGCAAACACCGCUCCUACCGCCUUGCCUCGCCUCCAAACUUCCACUGGCGCGGAGGCGAUUUCUCGACACCGAUCAAUCAGGGUCCCAUCAUUUGUCACGAUCAAAUCACGCGCGGGCCUGGGCGCUGGCUCCCUGAUUUCGAAGAGAAGCGCGGAAGAUGCGCUGUUGGGGCUUAGGAGGAGGAGGGCGAGCGGCAAGGAAUAUCCGGGUGACAGAGUCGUGGAAUCGCUUAGCAAAGUGGUGGGGCAUCAAGGGGGAGACGCGGUGAUGCUCUGCGAGUCCGU